AUGCUUCUACUGAUGCUAGCUGCUGUAGAAAGAGCUGUUGGAUUGUCUUUUGAGUCGCAGGUACUCGUCAACCAACGUGUCUAUGAACGACCACCAUUUUUCACCAUCAAAAGGGUACUUGUGCUUGCUCUCCUUCUCGCAGUUGUCAGCCUGGCAGUAUGCAUACCAUCAGCUGCUGGUUUGCUUCCAGUAAAGCCAUUUCGUGACCGAUAUGUUUGCUCUAUCAGUAGGUAA